AUGGCGGAAGGCGCGCUCCUGCACUCUUGCGCGGUCUAUUUGUACGUCUACGACGACGUCAGCGGGUCAUACACGCAGCAGACCGAUGCAGCUGUGGGCUGUGCUCUUCUAGCGGGCGAGCACGCGGCGCAGAGCGGCUCAGACGCCUUCUCUCUGUUACUCUACGACACUAAAAAGACACCUCUCUUACAGCUCCCCGUGACGCCCAGCGCACGUUUCGUGCCUCAAAAAGACAACUAUGUCAAUUUCUACGAGCGCCAGACGCAGCGGAACUUCGCCAUGCGCUUUAAGGACGCAACUACGAGUGAAGCUUUCAUGUCCGCAGUGUCCUACACUAAGGCUCAGGUUUUAGUGCACUAUAGCAAGUCCUACGACCGCACUAAGCCCGCGGUACUGGUAGAUCAACUGUCUAUCGGUAAGGAGAAUGCCGCGCCGCUCAAUCUGGGCGACGUGGCCGGUGUCACGGUCAAAAAAUGGCAAGGAACGAUUGAGCAGCGGGAGAGCUUCUUCUCAUCCAAUCCUCUGGAUAUUAAGCAGCAGCCGACGACUGAAGCCAGUGGAGAAGUGAAGAGGAUUAAAUUACAGGAAGGAUCAAGUGAUAUGGACCCCUUUACGAGGAUUCUGGCCACGGAGGCGCUCAUAGGCAUGCAGAAGAUGGGGAAGAGACUCGUGGCCGUGACGUUCCCGGAGACGAACACGUGGGUCAUCGCAGAGAUGGAACUAGUCAAAGUGAAGAAGAACACCACGUCCGGAUCAUGA